AUGGUGCUAACCACGAAAGGUCUCGGUUAUGCCCCUCACAUCAGUCGGCUUAUUCUCAAGUACCGGCCAGAAUUUGGACCGGGCACACCGGCAUCUCAUUCGAAUAUUCUCGACAUGGAUGCGGUGGAAGAAAGAGAAGCGGUUGAAGAAUUCUUCAACACCGCAACUCUAUCUGGCAACAAGAUCACCGCGACUGUCAGCGGUACUGAAUUCGAGUUAACCGAAGAAUUGGUUGCGGAGAGCCUACGCCUUCCAACAGACGGCCAAGAUGCCGUGUUGGAUCUUGAACUAACAACGUUCGAGGCAGCCUGCCAGAUUCUAUCAGCAACCAAGGAAGAACCGGUGAAAGUAUCCGGUAAGAAAGCGACACUUCGACCGGAGUACAUACCGCUUUGUGACAUCUUCACAAAGUCGGUUCAGGCGAGAGGCGGAAAUUACAACAGCCUCACCAAGGCCAAGAUCGAGAUGCUAGUCGGUUUGAUACAAGAAGAGGGGGAGGAUACAAGUCCUAAUAACACCGGUGCGACAAGUCCUGAGCACGCCGAGGCCGGUGGAGACAGUAGUGAGAAGGAUGAAGCUACCCCUGAAGACGACCAGAAGAAGGCCGAUAUUAUAGCGCGCCGGAUCUUGGAGCACAUUGAACUGCGAGUUCAAACGGUUGGCGAAUUAUACCGGGAAUGGCACGAAUACCGAUUCAGCAAACUUUAUAAACAUAUGUUCCCAGGCCUAACCGACGAACAAUGCUUCAGAAGGCUGAAGGAGAUAGAGGAAACAGUCAUGAGCCUCACGAACGCAGAAACUCUUAACGAAGCCUUGGACCGAUGCACCAUCGUGAGACCGCGAGCUCGGUUACAAAAGCUAACCGGACGUAUCCGGAAGAUUAAGGAAAGGUACAUUGAGGGAACACCGGAGGCUAACUUACAGCUCUUGGCGUUAGAAAGGCUUGAGAUAGCGAAAGGAGAAUUCGCUGGAGAAAUUGAUCGGCUGGAGGUGGUGUGCAGACAGCGAGAAAGACCGCACUCCCCAGCUCCUGAGACCGAUGACGGUCAAAAUCAUGGUGCAACACCUCCUCGGGCGGAUCCGGUGACAAAUGAAACCGACGAAAGGAUAGAAGCUCCUCUCACCGAGCAACCUGGAGUCUCAGAAUCGGGCAUUACAGAAGAAAGGGCCAAGUUGAAUGCGGAUAUAGCGGUUGUGGAGGCAAACGCCCGAGCAGCUAAGGAAGUACAAGAUGCGCUAAAUGAAGAAGCGCGGAGAGAAAAGGAGCCCCCGCGACUAUCUGGAGAAGAAAUAACCGAGCGGGAACGACUCACAGCGGCUAAGUAUCCGGACCUUGCAAAGUCCACAGCGGUUCAAGCGGCCAAAGAGCCGGAGCGGUUCAAUGCACAAAAACAAGGGCUCGAAGGAUUUGCAACCGCUCACAAGAAGAAGAAAACGACGGCCCCUUCCUCUUCGGUUCCGGAAAAACGGAAAAGGAAAACAUCAAAGAAGGCUCAAGUAGCCGGGCUGCUGGAAAGAGUCACUGACACGGUUAUUGAAAAUCAACCGGACCCGGAUAUUCACACCGAAGAAGAAGAUGAAGAACAUCUGGCGGAGCGUUCUACAAGACAACGAGUCUCCAAUACGGCCAGUCAACCGCAACCGGUUAAGAGAAAACGAACCAAGGAUAUGAUGGCCAACUUCAACUUCUCCGACUCAGAAUAG